AUGGCAGUCUCUUUUCACCCGACCACUUCUACUCCAAGCUUUCAGCCCCAAGCUAGACUCGCUCCUCCUCUCAGUUGUGCAGCAAAGCAUUAUUCAGGGUUAAAGCUUCAAUCUUUAGGAACUUUUGGAGCUAAAAACCCCAACUUGACGGUUGAGUUCUAUGGAAAAGUUAAUAAGAGCCUUCAAUCCAGGACACGUAACCAAAGACCAUCACGAGCGCGAAUUGGAAUGAUGCCUAUAGGGACACCAAAGGUGCCCUAUAGAACUCCUGGUGAGGGAACUUGGCAAUGGGUUGAUUUGUGGAAUGCUCUAUACCGAGAACGUGUUAUCUUCAUUGGGCAGAAUAUAGAUGAAGAGUUUAGCAAUCAGAUUUUGGCAACAAUGCUGUACCUUGACACUAUUGAUUCUUCCAAAAGGCUUUAUAUGUAUAUCAAUGGUCCUGGUGGAGAUCUUACUCCGAGCAUGGCUAUCUAUGAUACUAUGCAGAGCUUAAAGAGUCCCGUUGGCACCCAUUGUGUGGGCUAUGCCUAUAAUUUAGCAGCCUUUCUUCUUGCAGCUGGAGAAAAGGGCAAUCGAUUUGCAAUGCCACUAUCAAGGAUUGCGCUACAAUCUCCUGCCGGGGCUGCUCGUGGUCAGGCUGAUGACAUACAAAAUGAAGCAAAUGAACUUCUCAGAAUCAAAGAUUACCUUUAUAACGAGUUAGCUAAGAACACUGGCCAGCCAGUUGAAAAGAUUAACAAAGACUUAGGUCGGAUGAAGCGGUUUAAUGCACAGGAGGCUCUUGAGUAUGGGCUCAUUGAUCGUGUAGUUAGGCCACCUCGUAUUAAGGCUGAUGCACCUCCCAAGGAUGCGGGAACAGGUCUUGGUUAG